CAUUGGAGCACUGUAAAUUGACGGGUCUGGACUGGCUGUUGGCAGGUUAAAAGUCCAUCGCACAGGCUGAACGCACGUUCGUUGGCCUUUGUGGUUGAUCCAGUAUGGCUCCGCUGAGGUUUUGUGCGAAUAUUUCCUGGCUGUUCACGGAACUGCCAGACUUCAGCCAGAGAAUAUACGCUGCUUCCUCGGCUGGCUUUCAGGCUGUGGAGGCAGCAUGGCUCUACGACUCCGAGCUGCAUGAGCUUCAGAGGGCCAAAGAGGCUACGGGCGUGGAAGUGGUCCUCAUCAACACCCCACCCGGAGAUGUAAAGGCAGGUGAUCUUGGUCUUGGAGCAGUUCCUGGAAGAGAGGCGGAGUUCAGACAGAGUCUGGAUCUAGCUUUAAAAUAUGCAAAAACUUUGGACUGCAAAAGGAUCCACCUGAUGGCAGGGAGGGUGCCUGUGGGCUCACAAAGGACAGCGGUUGCUAAGGAGAUGGAGGCCGUCUUUGUACAGAACCUUAACUAUGCUGCUGAUAUUCUGUCAAAGGAAGGAAUCACUGGUUUGAUUGAACCAAUCAACACAAAGGUUACAGAUCCCAGGUAUUUUCUGGACUCUCCUCAUCAGGCGGCUGUAAUACUUGAAAAGGUUGGAAAGCCAAACAUCAAGCUGCAAAUGGACAUCUUUCACUGGCAAAUAAUGGAUGGAAACCUGACACAAAACAUAUCCAAGUAUAUUCCCCUAAUUGGUCAUGUUCAGAUUGCUCAGGUUCCAGGCAGGAAUGAGCCUGACAGUAACGGAGAGCUCAACUAUAGCUACCUGUUCAACACACUGGAAAAUCUUGACUACCAGGGAUACAUUGGCUGUGAAUACAAGCCAUUAGGCUCCACAAGAGAUGGUUUGGGCUGGAUCAAGGAUUACUGGACACGCAACAAGUGAUGGCCACAAGUUUCUCAACCACAAACCUAUGAACCUGUUGCCUAGGAGUUCAAACACAUUACAGUGGUGUUGGGUGUGUGUUUGUGUCUAUAUCUAUAUCUAUAUCUAUAGAUAUAGAUGUAGAUAUAUAUCUAUAUAUGUAUC